CUGGGGCCGGGAGACAGCCCCAACGAAGGGAGGCGAGGGGAGGAGUGUAGUGAGAAAGGGAGAGACCCAGCACACACACACACACACACACUCACGCAGAGAGAGAGUGAGAGGCAGCAAGGGCUUUUUAAACGGCGCGCUAAAGCUCUUGGCCCAUCAGUUGCCAAAGUUCUCUCGUGACCGCAGAGAGCCCAACCGAAAAACACGCGGAUUUCCUUUUCGUUUUCGUUUCAACCCCCAACGAUUUGAUUUUUCCAUCAUUUCAUUUUUAAACAAAAUUUUUCCAUUCCGUUCAACUCGAGAGAAUUUUCUCUUUUGACUCACGUUAUACGGUGUGUGUGUUUUUUUGGUUUCAUUACAUAAUCAUUCCCCCCAAACACCCCACCUAGUCCAUUCAUUCGAAUUUUUUUUUUUAUUUUUUUUUUUUGGUUCAUUUUGGGUGUCGUGAAACAAAACUGGACGAGAGAAAAAGAAAAAGAUCAAAGUGUGUUGGGCUCCCGCCCCGGUGUUGGACUCAAUCAACGAACUGGUUUGAUCGUGAACCAAAAAACCCAAAAAUUAUAAGAAGAAAAAUAUCCCCCCAAAAUUAUUUGAUUCGUUUCACGCCAAGGUUCGACGACCGACGCCAAUAGUCGACGCUAUCCCACAUUAAUAAUUAAUAAGCCCAUAAUUGUUUUAGUCUUUGGCUCCAUUUUCUAGUCGUUCGGUUCUAUGGUCAUCGGCAAACUACGUGACGAGCCGGUGGAUCGCAAACUUUGACUGGCCUCGUCCGCCUGUUGCAACCGCACCCAUUUUUUCGUGUUUCGUGUGCCCGUCGCCGUCGAGUGGUUUUCAUUUGUCUGUGCGAGUGCGAAAAAAUCGAAAAGAGAAAAAAAAGAUUUGCAGCAGUUUGACACGGCACGUUUCCAUUGGCAUCACAACUCGAUGUCGACUUUUGAUGGUGGACCGGUUCUCCGCCGCUGCUGCUGCUGCCCGUCCACUUGAGGCGCAACCCGACGACGACGCCAAACGAAAGAACAAGUCAUGAACUUUUAACGACGGCCAUCGUUUCUUUCUAAACCGCGCCGAGAAAAAGAAGAAGAAGAGAAAGAAUCUUGAUGAUGAUGAUGACGACGACGACGGAUAAAGUGACGUGCCGGACGGCCGCCUACGUCGCCAUCUUCCUCGUCUCCCUGUCGACCCUACACUCGGCAAGCGCUUGGCGCAACGACCGCCGGCCGAAAUUCUUUGGAGACAAAGUGCCAGUGAAAAUGCUGAACCCCGUACACCAAAGUACACAGAAGAAGAUCGUGAUGUAUCACAAUUUCUUCCGAUCACGAGUCCAUCCUCCCGCCGCUGACAUGCUGGCCAUGACUUGGCAUGCCGAAGCCGCCAGAGACGCGCAGCGCUGGGCGGACCAGUGCCAAUUUCUGAUCCACGACAAUGUCACCGGACGAUGGGUCGAUGACUUUGGAUCUUGCGGGCAAAACAUUUUCGUAUCCACUCAUCAAGUUCCAUGGAUGUUUGCCACCAAAACGUGGUUCCUGGAAAAGCACAACUUUACGUACGGCUCGCCGCAGAACAAUCUCUUCGAGGUCGGCCACUACACGCAAAUGGUGUGGGCGGCGACUCACAAAGUCGGAUGCGGAUUCACCAAAUGUCCGUACCGGCCCGACAAACGCUCCAGGGCGACUAAGCGCUCCGGCGGACGAUCGGCCAUCAAACAUCCGAAAUACUUUUACAACUACGUCUGCAAUUAUUGCCCCAUAGGCAACUACAUGGAACGUCUGGGCCGUCCUUACAAGAAGGGUCCGUCGUGCGGCCGCUGCAAAGGCUCGUGCAAACUGCGCAAGCUCUGCACCAAUUCGUGUUCGUACGCCGAUUUGUGGGUCAAUUGUCGUGAGCUCAACACCACGUGGAAUCAGUGGCUCUGCCACAACAAUUCCAAAGAAGGACUCGACAGGAAAAAACACUGUCGGGCCACUUGUGAGUGCACCGGUAAAAUCUACACGCAGCUCGGACGCAUCAAAGCGUAAGACGCAAUUAGUUCCAAGGACGAGAAAAUCAACCCACUGAGUAGAAAGAAGAAGAAGACAAACAAAAAUGAAAUGAUGAACAAAUACAAAAUUAAAAACUAUGAUAACUAUUUCAAAAGUUGACGAAGAAUAAUGCGACGAUACAAUUGCGCCUUUUCCUCUCAAUUCUCACUGCCCCCGGAUUGAUAUUAUCUAAUUUCUGGAGCUGCUCUUCUUUGUACGAGGCUGUUAAAGAGAUUAGACCCCACGGGUAUGGCCGUGCAAGUGGCCAUCAUUCAAAUUUGUAGAGCAAACUGAAGCAAAAAAAAAAUGAAGAAAAACCAAGACUGAAAGUGUGACACGUACAGUACAUUUGGAUGUGAAUCGUCGCGCAAGCGUGCCCAGUUGAACACGAAAAAAGUCUCCAGCCAACGAAACGGCUCUAGACAAAACAGAAAUUGAGCCAUCGCAGGACUCCCCCCGAGGUCGAAUCGAUUUGGUAUGCGAAGUGCAGACAGUCCGUUUGUGAUUUGACUAUACACACGUGUACCUUAUGUCUCCAUGUUAUUUAUACAUAUUAUAUAUAUACGAUAAACGCUGUGGUAUUGUUCGCCUGUAAUUCCCUCUCACGUAAAAUGACAUCAAUUUUUGGAAUCACUCAUUAACCGUUGGCUUUUGACUCUGCAAUCCUUUCCGCUCUCCAAGACAACUGCUCCAAAACCAGCUCCUCUCUCAGCACUAUAUAUGCUCCUCCUCCUGUUACAUCCACAACCCAUAUGUCUUAAUCCAUAUCUUGUCUACAAUACGUUUCGCAAGUCUCUUCAUCCAUCUCUGUCGUCGUCACCCCCAUUUUUUAAAGCCAGUGUAUCAGGCUGCGAUAUAAAUACACUGGUCGAUUCGGCCUAUUGGCCACUGGUA